GUUAAAAAAGUCUGGUGAAUUCUGAGCACAGAUCGAAAGUCCAUGAAGCACCAUAUUAUUCAGUGUUGUUCUUGUAAAAUUUUGAUUUCAAAUCCAAUUUUCUUGAGUUGAAAAUGGCUGACGUCGCUGGAGGACGUGAAAGUGGCGUGACACGUAUUUUCACAAAACUCCAUAAUCUCACAGAAUCCGGCAAUUUUUACGAGGCACAUCAACUAUACAGGACCAUAUAUUUCAGGUAUUUAAAUCAAAAAAAGUAUGAUGAAUUAUUGACAGUUCUGUAUAGCGGUGCUACUCUUUUUCUCCGCCAUGAUCAGCAGGUUGGCGGUGCUGAUUUAUCAAUUUUAUACAUUGAUGCACUCACAAAAUCUGCUACUCCGGUCACCAAUGAGAUUUUGGACAAAUUACCUCUUCUGCUCAAACUGAUGAGUCCGAAUUUAGCUGAAAGAGAAACAUUCAUCAACAAAGCUCUAAAAUGGUCCAUAGCCGACUGCAGCACUCACAAGUCUGGCCAUCCAGCUCUUCAUAGAGACUUUGCUGGAAUUUUUUGGGAAGAAAAAAAUUAUGUUCUAGCCAGGUACCAUUUUUUACACUCAGAAGAUGGUAAAAGUUUCGCAAGAAUGUUAGUAGAAAUCCAUUGUUGUUACGGUUAUGCUAGCGAAAUAGAUCUAUUUAUUGCCCAAGUUGUGCUUCAGUAUUUAUGCCUCAAAAAUAGAAAAUCUGCCGUAGAUGCUUUCCAAUCUUAUACGAGUCACCAUCCAAAUAUCAUCAAAGGCCCUCCGUUCAUUUUGCCUCUCCUGAACUUCCUAUAUUUUCUACUAAAAGUUGUUCGAGGGGGACAGUUGGCAACAUUCACCGUACUAUUAGAACGCUACGAACAAAGCAUCAGGAGAGACCCCUCGUAUACUGAAUAUCUGGAUAAAAUAGCGCAGCUUUUCUUUGAUGUUCCACCUCCACCGCCUCGUAGGAGAGGUAUUCUAGAUAAUUUGUUGCAAUCUAUCAUAAUGAAUGGAAAUGAAUUCGACUCGGAUGAAGGAGAGUCAGAUGGUCCAUCGCUUUUGUUCAGCAGUCCAUCGUGCUCAUAUGUGCCGCAACGAGCAGUUGAAAACGAGGACCUUGACUGAUAUUCAACACUGUGAUCCACCAUGCAAAAUUCAAUUCAAGACAAGUAGUUCUUUUAUAAUUUGUUGAUAAAUUAUUGUUUUCUUCUUGUUCUUUUCCUCACAUUCUUUUUGUUUGUUUGUUUCUAUAAAUUAAUUUCUAAAAGUAUGCAAGGGAAGAGUGAUGUCUAAAGACUCUGCAGCCUCUAGUCAGUCGUAUUACAGCAGCUUAUUGUGAGUUAGCCAAAGGAAAGUAGAACUUUGUCUUCGUUCAAUCAUUGUGGUCUCUUGUAAAAGCAGCAGUACCGCACAAGUUGAGAUUGAUGUUGGGGGGUUUUCAAUAUUUAUUAACUAUGAAAAUAGGUAUCUUGAUUUCAGGGUUUGAUCAUUUCUCACUUACUUCAUUAUUUAAAGAGAAUAUCACUAGACCUUAUUAUACUGAAUUUUCAGAAUAUAAUUUUGGGAGAAGAGAAAUAAAGGAAAUUUCGUGCUGUAGGAAUUGUACAUCAUCUUUUAAAAAAAUUGACUGUAACAGGAUACCAGCAACAUCACAUUUUUUAUUUUGACAGCUGAAGUAGAAACUUGGAAGCUGCAGAGUCAGAGGAAUUCGAGGUGCUACUGCUCAUGAUCCACUCAGAAUCAUCAUCUGAGUAAAAAAUGCCCCCAGUUGCUCCCUCUAACAAGCCAAAUAAGUUUUUGAUUUUAUUUUUGCAUCUGAUUGACUUACCUUACACAUGAUGAGCUAUACAGUGGCUAAUUGUGUAAUACGCUGCCAAAAAAUCACAAUUUUGAAGUAUUUCAAAAUUUGCUGCCGGAGAAAAACUUUGCGUGUGUUGAACAGAUGCAAACAUGUCUUUAUACUAAUAUUUGUAAUUGAGACAAUGCUGUCAAGCUCUGAAUGUACCCUUGUGAGAAAGGCAUGGAAUUUCAGACUCUCGUACGAUUUUACUCCAUUUCUCCUUUUCAUAUUAAAUUUUCACAAUUGCAUCGAGAGUCUCAAAAGGAAAGAUGGAUAUUUUUUUGCUGUUGUAAGCUUUCUCAAUAAUAUUAAAGAGUUCAAAAUCACUAAUGAGUGAUUCUUACCUCAUGUUGUCUUGCUUAGGCUUCUCUUUGUUGUUGCACCCUCAAGUUGGGACUUUUUAAUUACCGUACCAAAUUUCUGCUCUUGAAUUUAUACAACUUAAAUUUUUCUCAUGAUUCAACUUUUACUCACCAAUAUUCAAAGUAAAAUUUAAGAAAUUUCGAGGAUGUUUCUUUCCGUAAAAAGAAGUCCUGUUUUCAACUCUUCAAUUUGCAUAUCAGCAAGAUUAAUGAUGACCACAGCAUGGGAUGAUCUCUUUUGAACACCAUGAAAGUUUGCUUAAGUGUUAGCAAGUACAGUCAAUAUGAAAAUAGUAUCCUAUAGUUUUCCUGGCUUUUUGCUUUAAAAUUAAAACCAAAAAUAUGUACCAAUGUAUAGGAGAUAUACAAGAAAAAUUACUAAUUCUCCACCUUCAAAGAGUGCUGUUGUGAAGCAAACUUGUCUGCUCACUCAUUUUUAACGGGAUGUCACCGCAACAAUAUUAUGGAGAUGUUCAUAUUCCAAUACUUUUCUCAAAUCCACUAAGUCUGCAGUAUACAAUGAAUGAAGGCAAGUUCCCAACUCACCUCUCCACUGUAGGAUGAAUAAAAUAUAAUUUCUUACUUACGUAUGUAAACUUAACUUACUUACUGUAAGGUUACAAAAUUUAACAUUUUCCCAGCAAAGUGGGCUCUUAUCCGAAGGAGCAUAUAGUUUAAUCAAGUUAGCUUACUAAUUUUGCACAAUUAAAACAAGCGAUCAGGGUUAAUCUGAGUCGAGAUGAAAGUUACAACAUGCUCAAAUGAUAAAUGAUUAACUUACUAACCUUUAAAUGUUACCACCUGUCUCUCACCUUACAUUUUUAGAUUUUCUUUCUUUCUAAAAGAUUUUGUGUUGAAACAUUCUUACUCAUUUACGUAGAAGAGGUUUAGUCCGCACACCGCUGGCACCUUAUCUCUCAAUUACCAUGAGCAAAUGGUUUCGUAUUUCCAAGGUUUCUGCGAAAUGGAGCCCUCGCUAGUAAUGGAGGAUCUUAGUACACAGGUUCCAAGUCUACCCGUUAAUAUUCCUCCUCUUUGAUUCCUUACAAAUGGAAAAGUUUGUAUUGAUUGCUUUGUUAUGACACAUACCACAACUAGUGGUACCAUCUUGAAGAUUGUUUUCUAUAAAGCUCUCUUUUCAAAAA